AUGGCACGGCGCGGAACUCUUGCAAUAGCCACUGCGGCAUUGCUGCUCCAGCUUCUUCCCCUGGUGGCUGCGCACGGCGACGAGCAACAUGGCGCGAAAAUGGACAUGAGCGCACACGAGGCGCCGGCGCCGCAACCGCAGGAUGAUGCACCCCAAAGCUACUGGGGGCUCUCCGAGUACGCUGCGCUGAUGUACUGGCACAUUGCGCUCGAGAUUCUAGCGUGGAUUGUCGUUCUACCAAUUGCUGUCAUGCUGAGCAUCGCUCGCUCGCGAUACGUCCUGCCUUUGCAGUUCGUUUUCGUUGUUGUGAACGCGUCGGCGCUUCUGGUUGGCGUCGUGUACAGCCACAAGACGCCGGAGCUGUACGAGAACAAUGCGCACAGCAAGACCGGGUGGGCGGUCACUUGGAUCGCGUCAGCCUGGGUCUUCAUGGCGCUGAUCCAGUCCUACAUGGACCGAGAUCAGGGGCAUUCGUUCGAGGACGAGACCUUGGCGCCGCUGAACGCAGCGAAUAUAGCGCAGUAUCAGCGCGUCAAGGAAGAAGAUGUCGAAAGCCCGUACAGGUUCUCCAAUGACUCUGGCCAAGGCACGGAGCGCAACACGGCUUCGCUGUGCGGGCACUCUCGAUCCCCGAGCAUCGAGUCAGAAGAUCAGCAGUUUGCUGCGCCAGCGCGCCGAUACACGCAUGACGAGCUCGAUGAGUUGGAAGACGUGCGUCUCGAGAAGCCAAGGUCGUCUUUGGAUAGCUUCUUCUCGCGCACCGUAGCUCGCUUCGUAGCCGGCAAAACGGCAAAGGUCGUUCGCUCGCUUUAUGUGGUGUUUGAACGGACCAUGGUGAUUCAGGGCCUCGUCGCCAUCCUCUCGGGCACUGUCGUGUAUGGUGGCAUCGGACACGGGGGCGCUGUGUUCAACGUACUGGCUCACUACGUCAAGGGCGGCAUCUUCUUCGUGUACGGCUUUUUGACGCUGGGUCGCUGGAUGGGCGCGUUCGCCGAUCUUGGUUGGGCGUGGAACAUGAAGCCGUCGGCGGAUGUCGUUGGCCGCCGCAAGGCCAGUCUGGCGUCCGCCGAGUUCACCGAGUCCUUCGUCAUCUGGCUGUAUGGCUGCACCAACGUGUUCCUCGAGCAUCUCGCCGCCUGGGGCGACGAGUGGACAGCGCAAGAUCUGGAGCACGUCUCGAUAUCCGUGUUGUUCUUUGGCGGUGGUCUGCUGGGCAUGAUCAUCGAGUCGGCCAAGAUGCGCGACCUCCUCAACAGCGCCGUGGUGACCUCUUCGCACGCUCACGACGAGUCAUGGCAGCAGCCCCGCCAAUACAACUUCUCCAUGAACCCCAUGCCCGCACUCAUCAUCCUGCUCCUAGGCAAGAUGAUGAGCUCGCACCACCAGGCGUCGAUGCUAUCAACCAUGAUCCACAGCCAGUGGGGCAGCAUGUUCAUGGGCUUUGCGCUGGCGCGAUGCCUGACGUACGUGAUCAUGUACAUUACGCCGCCGACGUCGUAUCUGCCGUCGCGCCCGCCGACCGAGAUCAUCACCGCUUUCUGCCUGGUUGCCGGCGGCAUCACGUUUAUGGUGUCCAACAAGGAUACCGUUGCGGCGCUGGAGUCGUACGGGUUGGACGCCAUGUUCAUCUUCACGGUGACCAUGGGGCUGACGGCGCUGCUGCUCGCGUGGACGACCGUGGUGCUUGCGAUCAAGGGCUGGGCGGUGCGUGUUGAGGGCAGAAGCCAGUACGCAAAGGGCCGUGCUGGUGUGCUUGCAUGA